AUGGCGUCUUCACAUGAGAUGGAGACGGAUCCCCUGCAGAUCUCUUCCACUUCUGCCUCCGACGAAGCGGCAGCUGCUGUGCAGGCACCGGAUGUUGCAAAGCCUAAGAUGCCAACGCCUUCCGGUAAUCCAGUGACGCUUGGACCACCAACACAGGAGGUUCAUCUGCAUAAGCAUCAGCAGUUGGGUGUCAUUGUACAAGGGGUUGACCCACAGGUUCAUUCCCAAGCAUUGGCGCAAGCCCAGAUUGUUGAAAGCCAGGCAGUAGCGUAUGUUUCCGAGGUUCAACAACAAGCUCAGGAUCAGGUCCAGGCUAUCGCCGCCAACAUGAGCAACCAAGCCCAAACACGGGUUCAGGCCAUUGAGCAACAGGCGCAAGCUAUGGUUUCGGAGGUUUCCGUUGAAGCUUCGAGGCAACUAGCUGUGGCAAAUGAGACCAUUGCUAGCUUGAAGCAACAAAACGAGAUGUUGGCUCGUCAACAGCAGGAGCUUUACAGUCAGAUCGCAAAGUUGCAAAGCAUCGUAGCUGAAGUUAAGGCUGGUGCUGUGAAUACGAGUGUACCUCAGAUUCCUCAAACCCAAAAUGGCGCGGAGAUUACUGAAGCGCUUAAGGCCAUGGCAUCACAUGUUGGACAAACCAUGAAUGAGCUUAAAGAUGCAGUGUUGUCCUCGUCCGCCGGAAAUUCACCAAAGGCGAAGGGGCGCAGGGAUCAUAAGAAGGAUUCGGAUUAUUCGGUAUCGGGGAUUCCACUUGGCAAAGCUGCUAAAGCCCCGUACUUAUCCAGUCCCCCACCUUAUGCAUGCGAACGACAAGCAUCAACGAAUUUCUUUGAUGCAUGGGCACGGUCCUCAUCAUCACUUGCCAAUCGCCCAUCGACUUAUUCAUGUGAGAGGUCGGCAACAACAUCAUCGAAUACGAAUGCAUCACCUGUGUUCACGACACCAUUCUCUAGCCUAAGACCUUUAGCGGGACAGGCUACAAGUAAAGGUAUCGGGAUUGGUGCGGGUUUUGCGCCCGCUAUUACACCCAUUGCUGGGCCUCCGGGGCCGCCACCGCCUCCUGAGCCUGAGAUCUUCAACAUAGGAGUUCCCGAGGAGGGUGAAGAAGAAGAGCAGGUUGAUGAUGAUCCCAUUGUUGAGCCGCGAGCUGCUGGUAACAAUGAUCGGGGUUAUGAUGGUGGUGCUGAUGCUCAGCCUCAUGAUGGAAAUGAGGAAGAGGACUAUGAAGCAGCUACUUAUAAGAAUAAGGAUCAUAAAGACCUGAAGAUGCCACAGCUUCCAAAGGAUAGUGUGGGUUUCCGAUCGUGGCGGAACGCGCUACUGACGCAGUGCUCUGCCAUUGAUCGCACGGGUCAAGCCAGGAUUCUUAGAUGGCUGCAAGUAUGCAUUAGAACUGAGGUGACAAACCGCGAGAUUGCGCAACUCCAGAACAAUCCUGAUCAGCUCCCACGGUUAGACUCAUUCCUUGCAUCGCAGAUUUCGGAUUCGAGGUACAUGAAAGGGGAGUUCGGGCUUGAAGUGCAGGCGUACAUUGAGAGGGCGCACGCACAUGGAGUUUUACCAUCUGGUCGAGCGAUGAUAGCAAUGCUUUCGCGCAGGUUUCGCGUAGAUCGGGUGAGAGGUGCUACGGUCACACAGCAAACGUUUUUGGCUGUAACGUUGGACGGAUUCUCAUACAAUCAGAUGCAGACUUUUAAGGAAAGAGUCGAGUACAUUCUGAAUGGGAUAGCCCCUGAGCACUGGCCGUCUGACGCGACCUUGUUUUCGUGGUUUUACGCUAAGAUUAAGAGUUCAAGGGGAAUGCAACGGAUCAUUGACAAAGUUAAGGAUUCCUCCCCAACUUCCCGUAGGAGAACGUUCGGAUGGCUCUGGGAGCAAUUCUCAGAUCACUUGGCAGAGCUGCGUGAAGACGCCAACGAGCGUCGCAGCUUGACCUCUUUUGAGUCGUUGAGGGCUCAGGGUGUUUGUCCCGAUGACCUCGUAUGUCACGAGGAUGAGCCAGUAUCCUUUGAAACGGGUUACGCCUUCAUCUGGAUGCCAGGUGAAUUGCCGUACUUUGCGCCCCAGGCAGAUCUACACCAGAGAUUCUGGGAUCAACUGCGCAAACUAAUCAAGAUUGAGCCGGAAACCAAGUUUGAAGAUGGGGUCGUUGAGUUGUACUUGGAGUUGUCUGGUUUAGAGCAAAAGAAGUUGCGCAAAGUAAUGACUGGUGUGUUCUGCAACAGCGCUAUUAAAGCGGCAGAGAGCGAUCACGAGAUGGUCGUCCAAUCGCUCGUGCAGACGCGGCAGGAGCUGAAGGACCAGGUCGCUACAUUGUUCUACCAGAUUGAUGAGCGCGGCCAGGGCCAGAUAACUUUCACAGAUUUUGAGAAGCUCUUCGAGGACGAUGCCGUCAAGGCCUUCUUCGAAUCACUCCAGAUCGGGGCCGUGGAUGCCUGGACACUAUUCCAAAGUUUAGAUAUGGACGGGGACCAUACGAUCAGCGUGGACGAGUUCACGGAGAGAUGUCUACAGCUGCAUGGGCCCGCUCGCUCGGCCGAUCUGUAUGCCUUGCGGCAGAGCAGCGCGAAGCUUGGCAAGCAGCUCCAGGCUAUCGAACGGGCACAGCAGCGGCUGGACAUUCAACUUCUUCGUCCCUCAGCCAUGGUGGACUCUGGGGACGUACCCAAACUUGUCCAAGAAGCUUUGCAGACCAGCCAACAUGAGAUCCUGGCGCGCCUGGACACGCGGCUCCGCGACUUCGAGGAUAUGUUACGCCUCCGCUUGGCCAGGUCUGAUACUGAUAUUCCUCACACGAUCCGGAUGACUGGCAGCUCCGAGAAGUUGGACAAGUAUCAACGGCAGCGGUCCAGCGCGCAGUCCAACGAAUCGGAGCUCGGCUUGGAGGGCUUGGACAGCCACGACCUGGCGGUCCUCACGCACAACCGCCUCGUGGAGGCUUUCGAGAGCAAGGCCAAGGUUGAGGCUCCGGAUCCGGCAGGAACGAAACAGCCAGUCGGCUGGCAGAGAUGUCAAGAGUUCUCACGACGAGUCGUGAACUCCAGCUUCUCAAAUGCCUUCUUCGCUUUGGUAGUGUUGUCCAACUCGGUCUACCUGGGGGUGCAGCUGGAAUAUUAUGCGCAAGUCCGGAAUCCUGCCGAUUCGGCAUAUUCCAUAUUCUUGACGGUGCAUCUGGUCUACGCCGUCCUCUUCACAGCGGAGGUCUGCCUUCGCCUGGCUGCCGAGGGAUUAGUGUCUUACCUCUGGUCUUCAGAGUGGCACUGGAAUUGGCUCGACGUCUUUGUGGUCUCAUCGUCGUGGAUUGAGCUCAUGAUUGACUUUGUAACCCCGGGCACGGGCGGUCGGGGAACAAACAGCAACUUGAGGCUUAUGCGGCUGAUUCGCAUCGGUCGACUGUUCCGGGUGGUCCGAAUCAUGAAAGUGGUGCGCUUGUUCCGCUCUUUGCGGACCUUGGUCCAAUCACUGGUGGGAACACUGAAAUCGCUGGCAUGGGCCAUGGUCCUGCUUUCUCUGAUCAUGUACAUAUUCGCGAUACUUUUUACGGACGCGGCCCUGGACUACAUCAUCGAAUUAAAAGACCAAGUCGAGCCUUUAACUGUGGAUGAGGAGAAUCACCUGGCUGAUGUGAGUCGAUAUUUUGGAUCGUUGUACCGCUCCUUCAUUACAAUGUACCAGGUAAUUUCUGAUGGACUGACGUGGAGCUCGCCGGCACAAGCCCUCUACCAACUUCCGGCAUUGGGCCCAUACUUAUGGGUCCAGCUGUUCCAUUUUUACAUUGCCUUUGUAGCAUUCGCAGUACUCAAUGUCAUGACUGGGUUUUUCUGCAGCAGUGCAAUCAAAGCAGCGGAGAGCGAUCAUGAAAUGGUCGUGCAAUCGCUGGUCCAAACGCGGCAGGAGCUCAGGGAUCUCGUGUCGCACCUGUUCACCAAAAUCGACUCCAGAGGCGAAGGACACAUCACCUACACGGAAUUUGAGCAGUUCUUCCAAGAUGAAGCAGUCAAGGCCUUUUUUGAGUCCUUGCAGAUCGGAGCUGUGGAUGCUUGGACGCUCUUCGUGUCUCUUGACAUGGAUGGCGAUCACACAGUUAGUGUGGAGGAGUUCACGGAGCGGUGUAUGCAACUCCACGGUCCUGCCCGAUCUGCAGACCUGUUCGCCCUCAGGCAGACUACGGUGAAGCUUAGCCAGCAAGUGCAGCAACUGCAAGAUGCCCAGAAGCAAAGCCAUCGACUUGUCAGCAAGUCCGUGGGCCAGUUGGGGCACGACUCGCGGCCAGAACCCUUCAGCGUCUGA